CCCUCCCCAACCCUCUUUCUCCUCUUUCUCCAUCCACGACACGUUAUAUCCUGUCCUUCUCUUCUUCCCUGUCUCCUCUCUCUCCUCUCUCUCUACUACACCUCAACCCCGUCCGUGACGGUUAUUCAUUCAUUAUCAGUUCACAAGUGCUGGCCACCUGCGAACGACUUACUCGACAACAGUCAACAACACUCCGACAUCUCUCCUCGACGACAGUUUCUUGACCGACAACACACCGACGCCGACAUCUCGCACGACUCGACCCUGUUGACACGACAAUCAACUGUAUCCAACAAUGCGCGCCGCUCUCCUUCUUUCUCUCGUGGCGGCUUCCGCAUCUGCCCUCUCCAUCGGUUCGGUUGACCACUCGUUGCCACGAGGAGUCAGCGCCGGAAAGACGACCGAGAGGGAUGUUGCUCCUCCCAACUUCGCUGCUCUUCACGCAGCAGCUCGUCGCUCUAACCUCGGCCACUCGGCUCCCAUCGCCAUGAGGAAAGUUCGCCGCCGCAAGCUCGGAAAGCGUUGCAAGGCUCAGGCCCCUGUCUCUGCCUCGACAACGACCACCGCUUCGACCCCUACGGCGGCUCCUACGCCCCCUUCCUCGCACCUCCUGGUGACUGGCCCUGGUAACGACAAUGGUACUAGCAGCGACGGCCAGGCUUCCAGCGAUCAAUCUGACGACGGUGAGGCGUCGUCUUCGUCUUCGUCGUGGACUCCAGAGCCAUCGGCCUCGUCGUCCUCUGUCAACAUCGGAUCCAACCUGAACGCCUCGCCCCACCACAACAGCAGUUCCUCGUCCCAGUCUGCUACCUUUGACUGGAACUCCGAGUCGAGCUCGUCGUCCGAGUCGUCUUCCGACUGGUCCGCUUCGGCUACCACCUCUUCAUCUGCCCCUGCUUCUACCACAAGUUCGAGCAAUGGCAAGGGUGGUAAGGGCGGUAAGGGAGGCAAGGGCGGUGACGGCGUCGUCGGCGGCGCUGGUGGCCAGGGCGGCGAAGGCGGCACUGGCUCCACUGGCGGUGACGGCGGUGAUGGUGGUGACGGAGGCAACGGUACCCAGGCUGGUGGCCAGGGUGGCUCCGGCGGCUCCGGUGGCACUGGCACCGACGGCCCCGGUGGAAAGGGCGGCAACGGCGGCAACGGUGGUGAGGUCUUCCCCUUCGGACAAGGCAUCGCCUCGUGGUCCACCGCUCAAGGCGCAUCCAACACCUUGACCUUUACCGAAGCUCUCGAGCCUCUUCAGUUCGGCCACCUUCCUCAGGUGACCAAGGCUCCUGACGGAUCCAACUGCCACAUCAACGUCUACCCCGCCAACCAGUACGGCAAGGGCUUCAACUUCUACACCGAGGGCGACAAGAGCGGUGUGUCCAUCACCGGCGCCCACGAAGUCGUCUUCACCUACUCGGUCUGGUUUGACGCUGGCUUCGACUACGUCCUCGGCGGCAAGCUUCCCGGCCUUUACGGUGGCUCGUCGCUGGAGCAGGCCAAGACUUGCUCUGGCGGUCGCCAGGACAACCGUGACCAGUGCUUCUCGGCCCGUGUCAUGUGGCGCCCUAACGGCGAGGGCGAGGUCUACAACUACUACCCUCCCUCUGCUCAGCAGGGCAACAACUACUGCAACACCCCGCCCAAGUCGGUUUGCAACCCCUCGUACGGUGACUCGAUUGGCCGCGGCUCGUUUACCUUCUCCGCCGGCCAGUGGAACGUUGUCUCUCACCGUGUCAAGCUCAACGACGUCGGACAGUCCAACGGCGAGCAAGAAAUUGUUCUCAACGGCCAGUCCAAGCUCAAGCUCACCGGCUUGCAGCAGCGCGUCAACGGCCAGGUUACCUUCUACGGUAUCAUGGCCGACACCUUCUUCGGAGGCUCGGGCAACCAGUACGCCCCUCCUACUGCCCAGACGGCCUACUUCAAGGACUACACUCUCACUGUCCUGAGCUAAGCCAACGACUACUCGCAACAACAACCCAAAAAACAACUCCCCGCACUUUGUGCACUCCCUGUGAAUAUCGCAAACCGUGAUCGGCGCUGGUCGCUUGUCACACACGAUUGUGACGGGCGCUGGCGUCCUUUACAAACCCCCCGUAGGCUCUCUCUGGUCUUGUCCCCCUGUUUGCCAUACUCUGUCACACUAUCACACCUCCCCCUCCGUAGUCCUAUAGUUCCGCUCUGUUCAGACAAACAGCUGGCCUGUUAUCUGAAGAUGUGAAUGCAUAGCGGUGCAAAUGGA